AAGAAUUCCCAAGCAGUGAGCUAAAAGGAGAGGGCGGACUUGUCGGUCCAGUUCUUGACAUUUCAGGCUCUCAAAAUGUUACUCUUAACGCGCCUGUAACAAUCAGGAUUCCUCUCACCCUCCGUAAAGGAAAACAAGAGUUGGCAGAGUUAUGUCCUGGUGAACUGAGGAUAUUAUACUGUGAGUCCCUGGUUGAACCACAUGAGUGGAAAGACAUUACAGAUCAAUUGGAUGAACAGCCACGUCUUGUAGAUGGGAAAGUGCAAUUCAAAGUUAGGCAUUUCUCUAGGUAAGUAUUUAUUGUCGGCUUUAUUUGAAAAAUAUAACGCAAGACCUAAAGGAAAUUUAACACUAUUAUAGUGUACAGUCAUACGAGCAUAUAUUUCUGUUAGUUAAAUAUCGAUUCAAUAAUUGAAAUGAUCACCCAAUAGGAAGACCCAAGAUUAUUGUGCAAUGGCUGAUAAUCAUUUCCGUUGGGUUGCUUGAACUUUAAUUGGUUUUUCCUUUUCUUUUUUUUUUGAUAGACUCCGUCCAAUCAAGUUGAUCAGAUCACUUUUACAAUCUACUUCAGGCUUCACUGAGUUUGUAGGAAAACUUUGCAGUAGGUCUAGGCCUCAGUAUGCCCGAUUUUUUACGUGCUUGUGUAAGACCACUGUUCCUGGACAUUUUGAGCUCAAACUUUUCUGCUAUCCUCCAAGACUGCAAUAUGAUGUAAAACAGCUAAUAUCAGAGUUUGUCGUACCCUACAAAGGCGGAGGCACCUCUUAUAAACCAGUCUGUGAAGAAGAGAAAAUUUUGGUGUCACUUUCUGAGGCAAUCAUACCCCAAGGCACAGACGAGAAAAACGCCUUACAAUUUGUGAGGUAUCAUAUGAUAGAAUUUAUUUUUGGCCCAUUUAGUAGACAUGAUUUAAUUGAAUACUUUUAGAUACGGUCAUGCUAGUUUUGCAUAGAAAUCAGUCAUUCAUUCUAUUGUAAAAUAGUACAUGCUUCAAUUCUUAAUUAACCAUUUUUCGCCAUGGCUAUUCUAAGUUUCUUGUCGAUCAAUAGGGCCAUGGAGGUAUACAUGUUGGUUUUGUUUUGGCGCGAUUGUCUUCAAAUGCUCGUUUUUAAAGAUUUAGGAGGGCUCUUAUCAAAAGUGCUGUAUUUUCGAUUGUAAGAAAAGAUUUCAAAGGGUAUGCUUUCCUAGAGGAAGACUCGGCUGGUGAAGUGUACGUUGGGUUUGUCUCAUUUAAAUUCAUUUCAUUUUUUACAGAUUCCGUGAGAACGAAGUUUUUUACUCAGGUGUUGAAGUCUGCUUAGGAAGUGACAGCGUUCCAAAAUUGAAGUUUUUCGACCAAAGUCGUGAACUUUUAUGCAACAUGAACAUAGUAUUAGCGUCUCAAGUAAGUGAAAUUUUACGGUUUGUGGAUUUGCUUAUUAAAUGCACUUUUAGCCCAGAGCUAAUAUAGUACUGAUGCCAACCUUACUAUAGUAGAUGACUGUGAACUAAAAUGAUUAGUGGCGCUGUAACCACAGGCAGUCCAAGCUCCGGUCGUGAGAUGAUCAUCUUGCAAAAUAAGAGUCAUGGCGGAAAUUUGAGCUUUUAUGGAAAUAAUUAUCACCGCUCUUUGGAAGUAAAAAGACAGUCAAAUUCUCAAAAAUAAUACCUCACCUUAAUUCCAAAGUGCAUUGCUUGUUGUCUGACGGCUUGCUAUGUUGAAAAAAAAACAUUUUAGCGAGUUAUCCAUUUCUAGGUUUCCUUCUCCCAGGAGUAGUAAACCUAGUUUCUGAGUAAGAUAAUGAGGUCAUUCUAAGGCGGCACGAAACUUAUUGGGGACAAAUCACUGGAAACAAAAGACUGAGGGAUGUCGAAUAGGUAAAGAAACCUCCUGCCCACAGGAAACAGUACAUGAACAUACAGGACCUUGCAAGUUUUUGAUUUAGUGUACCACUUCUACUUUUCAGUUGCUUUAAAGUCACUUUCUAUGCCUCUGCCUUUUUUCCUAAUUAUUUUUCCUUUUUCUUAUUAUUCAGUAAUUUUCUUCAUUUCCUCAUUUCUAUUCACUUAAUACGUACCCGUAAUAUUGCGAAUUUUCCCUGCUCCAUUUAGGUUCCCUCUCUUGUUACCUUUGAUCAUGAAGAAGGAGGUGGUAAGUUAUUGUUUUUGUCAUUGGUUUCGUUGUUGUUCGAAUAAAUAAAAUUUACUAGACCAGUCAUCAUUGUUGUAAAAUAUUUAAACUCAGGAAUGCAGGCUCUGUGGGUUUUGAAAACGUAGCAUUUAGUGACAGAGCAACGAGUUCUCAACACAAAGUCAUGAUAAUUUGCCUUACUUCAUGUGUUCAUAUAUUGGAGCAUGCCCAAAUCACACUCGAGAGUGAUGGCUUAUUGUCUGUUACGUAUCAGUAAACUCAAGGUACGUGUGUCUUUCCUUGUAAGGAAUUUGAUAGCCCAGAGUGUGAAACUUUCAAUUGUAAAGCAUUCAAAUGUAGAAUCAUCGUCAUGCAGCCUUGUUGCGGCUACAAGGAAGAAGAUACGCCAAUCUGCAAGUAGUACCGAGAUUGAAAAUGUUGCGAUGGAUUUUCCUUUUUAUUAUAUUUUUAUCAAGUUUGCAUAUUGCUGUUACACGUUUAUCUACAGUGAAAUUAUUUCUAUGCAGAAAGACUGGCAUUGUUUUUACGGUAUAAUCUAACCGACAGAAAAACACUACAAUCCCACAAACUCAACUACUUUAUUAAACAGCGAGCAAUGUUCUUACCAAGGAGCGACUUCUGAAAGCAUUAUUGUUAAUAAGCUUAAUUAAGCCCACCAUAGUUUAUACCCUAGCUCACCACUAACACAAUCUCACUGCUGCCUCCAAAGCUCCUUGAAAUGAGCAAUCUUCUGCAGUAACUCUCUCUCGGUGUAGCUUUCAAAACAGUCGUCGCUCCGACAACAAGAACUACCUCUAUUACUACAUAAGUGAGUUUUUAUACAUAUAUAUAUAUAUAUAUAUAUAUAUAUAUAUAUAUAUAUAUAUAUAUAUAUAUAUAUAUUCACAAAGCGUUCUGGAACAUUCCAGAAGCUUACGUGCCGGAACUAUUUUAGAAGUGUUACCGAAUAAAUGUGUUCCGGAAAGUUGUCUGGUCUGCAAGUCAGCACGACUCAGCAGUCUGGAAAUUUCUAGAAGCUUAUAUUUGCAACAAUUACUGAUAACAUUAUAUUUACUAGACAUCCUCUCUACCUAGUUAUAUUGUGAAAAAAAUAAAAAAUAACGAAUAAAAACUGGGCGCUAUCACUAAACCAACACCCGUGUAUCGUAAGCAACUAUCACCUAUUCCAGCAUUAGUGGCUGGAGACUGGUUAGGAGUCGUUAUUAAUGACCUUCAUUUUCAAGUUGAUUGUCAGGCCAUAUGCCAUAACACUUGGGCUAGUUCUCCACCCAGCCAUCUCAUUAACUUCAUUAUUAUGCAGAUAUUUGCGCCCAAAGUGUGAAACAUUCAACUGUAGAGCAUUCAAAUGUAGAAUCGUCGUCAUGCAGCCCUGUUGCGGCUACUAGGAAGAGGAAACGGCAAUCUGCAGGUAGUACCAACAUUGAAAUGUUGCGAUGGAUUUUCCUUUUUAUUGUACUUUAUCAAGUUUGCAUAUUGCUGUUACACGUUUAUCUAUGGUAAAAUAUUUUGCGGAAAGACUGGGAUUAUAUUUAUAAGACAUUCUUUACCCCUCGUUAUAAUGCGAAUAUUAUAAAAAAAUAAUGAAUUAAAACUGGGCGCUAUCACUAAUUCAACACCUGUAUAUCUUGAACAACUAUCACCUAUUCCAACAUUAGCGGCUGGAGACUAGCUAGGAGACUUUGUUAAUGACCUCUAUUUUCAAGGUGAUUUUCAGGUCAUACGCCAUAUAACCUGCGUUAGUGCUCAACCCUGCCAUCUUAUUAACUCCAUUAUUAUGCAGAUAUUUGCGCCCAAAGUGUGAAACAUUCAACUGUAAAGCAUUCAAAUGUGGAAUCAUCGUCACGUAGCCCUGUUGUGGUUCCUAGGAGGAGGAAACGGCAAUCUGCAGGUAGUACCGAGACUGAAAAUGUUGCGAUGGAUUUUCUUUUUUAUUUUUAUUAUUAUCAAGUUUUCAUAUUGUUGUUACACGUUUAUCUAUGAUGAUAUUUGCUUAUGCAGAAAGACUGACAUUAUAUUACUUGGACGUCCUUUACACCUCGUUAAAAUGCGAAUUGAAACAGGGCGCUAUCACUCAUCCAACACCCGUGCAUUUUGAACAACUAUCACCUAUUUCAGCAUUAGCGGCUGGAGACUAGCUAGGAGACGUUGUUAAUGAGUCUGGAAAAUUUCUGAGCGUUUUUUUUUUUUUUUUUUUUUUUUUUUAAGAGGUGGGAAAAUGGUUCUCCUGCUUCUGCAAAUAUCCCUUCGCUUAAGCCUGACAGUCUUCAAGGCCAACGAUUCGGUAUUGAUUGAUACCCAAAAGACAAGUCGCCUUUCGCCACAACUGUUCACCAUUCGCCAAAGCCCUGAUGCACCUUUCUAAUUUUUCCUUCUCCUCCCAUUAUUAUCCUCAGAUUUGAUUAAGGCUGAUGGACCAUCAGCUGACGAGUUAGAAGAUCUGUCUCUGGAACUUGGAGAAAAAUGGGAGGAAUUAGGUAGACGCCUGGGAUUCAAUCAAGCUGCGAUAAGUAACUUUGAUGAAGCUAAAAGGAGGCUGGCAAAGAAGGCUUUUGAAAUGUUAAUCGCUUGGAAACAAAAGGAAGGCUCAAAUGCCACAUAUAAAGUUUUGUACGAUGCCCUUUGUAACAAAAAGGUGCAAUGCAAACUUCUUGCAGAACAGUUUUGUUGCGAUAAGAUUGUAGGAAAUGCCUCUGCUUAG